AGACCUGCCUACGCGACCCCACGCUGGACCGUCUGAAGCUGACCGGGAGUUUGCAGAGGAAUAUCUACGGCACUUCUACGGCUACAAGCCCAAGUCAGAGAGACAGAAGAGGUCUGCAGACACAGAUGUGGAUGCCGAUUGGACGACUGGACUCUGCGAUGAGGUCCAGAAGAUGCAGCGCUUCUUUGGUUUGCCUCCGAGUGGAGAGCUGACCGACGAGACUCUGGCAGUGAUGAAGAGGCCGCGCUGUGGUCUGUCAGACGUGGAACCAUUUGGAGAGACAAUUCGCUGGAAGAAGAGCACCCUCAGCUACAGGAUCGCUGGCUACAACCUCCCCAUCCCUACCUCCAAGGUUCACAAAAUCUUCAGGUCGGCGUGGAAGAUCUGGUCCAACGUCACGCCGAUGAAAUUUCGCAAGCGGAGCAGGAAGGAGGCCGAUAUCGUCAUCUCCUUCCACAACGGCGACCAUGAAGACGGCUCACCUUUUGACGGCACAGGAGGAAUCCUGGCUCACGCCUUUCUGCCGGGUUCUGGUAUCGGUGGAGACGUGCACUUUGAUGCCGAUGAAGACUGGCGCUUUAAUUCUACUGGUUUCAACCUAUUUGCUGUAGCAGUCCAUGAAUUUGGCCACGCACUUGGCCUGUCCCACUCAUCUGACCCCGGAGCUGUCAUGUACCCGUCGUACAACUUCGCCCCCAAUCAUGAACUUCAGCUCUCCUUCCGCGACGUCAAAGACAUCCAACACCUGUACGGUAUCAGUCCCAAUUUUGCUUCACUGUUCUCAAAAAAACCUCCUCCAAAAACACCUGACAAAUGUGAUCCAGAUUUGUCCUUUGACGCUGUAACAGAACUACAACAGGAGGUCCUGUUUUUCAAAGACAGAUUUAUGUGGCGUAAACAUCCUCAGUUUGAUGAAACAAGAAUCACCCUGAUUAGCAGUCUGUGGCCAGACAGCAUACCUCCCAACCUGGAUGCUGUCUAUGAGAAUGUGGAGAGGAAUGUUAUUGUGUUUUUCAAAGGUCAUCAAUACUGGGCGCUCAGGAGGUUAAAACUUGAGGAGGGUUAUCCAAGAAACAUUUCGGACUUGGGCUUCCCCUCCAGAAUAAAAUCCAUAGAUGCCGCUCUUCACUUCAGAAAUGACCACUACACCGUGUUCUUCACUGGCCACGAGUGUUGGAGGUACAAUGAGCAGCAGAAGAUGAUGGAGGGAUCACCGACACUGGUAGAGCAGCAGUGGCCGGGGAUUCCAACUCCCAUCGAUGCAGCUGUCUCCUACGAGGGACUCGUGCACUUCUUCAAGAGAAACAUCCACUACAGAUUUGACUCCAACUCCAAACACGUCGUGUCCACCAGCUCCGCUAACGACCUGCUGGAAUGCGAGAAGAUUGACGACAAUGAAACGCUGACAGUGAGGAGAUAAUUGGAAGGAAAGCACUCCAUGUACUGUAGCUUGAUGACGAUGGUGCUGUGUUACAAAAUGCUAUAACCACAGAGUACCUAAGAACCAAACUAGGAACUGAUUAGUUAUCCAGAGAAAAUGUGUUCCAGCACCUCAGUGUGUAAUAUAAUGUUGUAAUAAUAAUGUACCUUGUAUCAAAGUACAGUUUUUCUUCGUCGUGUUUGAUUUUAAAGUUACAAAAUGUGUGUUUUAUUCAAAUGUUGCUGCAGGAUGUGAUUGUUCUUAAGAUGUUAGAUGAUACCUACAUUUCUUCUAAAGAUACAAAAUAAGAUAUAAAAUGCAUUUCUGUGGUUCUACCUUGUCAUCACUGUGACAACGACCUAUUUGAGAUGUUGUUGAGAGGGAAUUAUUGUUGUUGAGAGCUUGAGUUGGAGAGAACAAAUUGACUGGGU